AUGGUUAUUCCCAAAUCACAGGUCAAGUACCUUGACCUUCCUACUCUCAAGUCCCGAAUCUUCUAUCGAGAAUCCGGCCCUGUCGAUGCCCCCGUUGUGCUUCUACUACACGGCUUCCCUUCAUCCUCCCACCAGUAUCGAAACUUGAUACCUCUUCUUGCAACCAAGUACCGAGUUAUUGCACCCGAUUUGCCUGGUUUCGGCUUCACCGAAGUCACGGAUAACUACGAACAUACAUUCGACAACCUAGCUGUGACAGUACUGGAAUUCUUGGAUACUCUUGCAAUCGCCAAAUUCUCUGUUUAUAUCUUUGAUUACGGCGCGCCGACAGCUUUAAAUCUUUCACUAAAGCGACCUGAAGCUAUCCAGGCUAUAAUAACCCAGAACGGAAAUGCCUACGAGGAUGGUCUAGGAGACUUUUGGAACCCAUUACGCCAAUACUGGGCCAGUGGUGACAAGGAUAACGUAGAGAUUCGCGCUACAUUAGCAGCAGCCGUUCUCACAUAUGAAGCUACAAAGGGGCAAUAUGUAACAGGCACAUUACCGAACAAGGUCAUCGCGCCGGAGUCAUAUACGCUUGAUUAUGCCCUUCUUCAGCGUCCAGGGCAAGAGAAGAUCCAGAUUGACCUAUUUUGGGACUAUCAGAACAAUGUCAAGAAUUAUCCUCGUUUCCAGGAAUACUUUCGCAAAUCCCAGGUCCCUUUAUUGGCAGUUUGGGGUAAGAAUGAUCCGUUCUUUAUCGCCCCGGGAGCUGAGGCUUUCAAGCGUGAUUUGCCGAAUGCAGAGAUACAUCUGUUGGAUGCUGGACAUUUUGCGGUUGAGACUGAGACGGAAGAGAUUGGUGCAUUGAUCUUGGAGUUUCUUAAGAGAAAUGGAAUCUGA